UAGUUAUUUUUCGUGAGGUUGGCUAUAUUGUUGAUUUGGAGGCAUUAGUUGGCUAGAUAUUAUUUCUUUCCUCAUCCGUAGCUGAUAGGUGUCGUGCUUAUCCGAAUGGGUAAGCCCCGUGGUAUACGCACGGCGCGUAAGCACGUGAACCAUCGCCGUGAGCAGCGAUGGGCAGACAAAGAUUACAAGAAAGCUCACAUGGGCACGAGAUGGAAGGCUAAUCCUUUCGGUGGUGCAUCUCACGCCAAGGGCAUUGUCCUGGAGAAAGUUGGUGUAGAAGCUAAGCAACCUAACUCCGCUAUCCGCAAGUGUGUGCGUGUUCAGCUCAUUAAAAACGGCAAGAAAGUGACGGCGUUCGUACCUCGUGACGGUUGUUUGAACCACAUCGAGGAAAACGACGAAGUGCUAGUGGCUGGAUUCGGUCGUAAGGGUCAUGCCGUCGGUGAUAUUCCCGGAGUAAGGUUUAAGGUGGUGAAAGUGGCCAACGUAUCACUCCUAGCGCUGUACAAAGAAAAGAAGGAGAGACCUAGAUCAUAGAUCUACUUCUUAUUGUCUUCUUCAUUGUGAUAAGUGCUGCUGGGAAGUGGUGUUGCUCAUAAGUUACAUUUUAAUAAUGGAAAAACCUAUUACACACUAGUGUAUACCCAAAA